AUGUCUUUCGGCUUCUCGCCUAGCGACAUCGUGACCCUCGUGAACCUCGCUCACAAGACGUACCGCGGCUGGAAGACCGCCUGUGGAGACUAUGCCGACAUCACAAGCUCCCUGGACGGCCUUCUCGUCCUCCUCGAGCGGAUCGAAAAUGAAGCCGAGCAGCCGCAUACGGCCUUAAUCAGGAGCAGGAAGGAUCGAGACAAUGUCCGCGAUAUCAUUAGCGCCUGCACCGCCACGAUACAGGAGCUUUCGUCAAUCAUAUCCAGAUAUCGCAGUCUCGGAUUGGGCAAGAGCCGCGAGAAGAACUGGGAAAAAAUCUGCUUCGGAAGCAAGAACUUGGACAGUCUCAAAGCGAAAUUGCUUCAACAUCAUUCAGCUUUGUCCGCCUAUCUGAGCGCCGUUGGCCUGAGCUCCCUUACCAGGAUUGAGCAAGACCUGCAUGCCCUUCCUGAUAAGAUACAGAAGACUGUCGAUGGGCUGGCGGCUGAGAUCAGAGCUGGUCGGAGGGAGGGCAGCGUUAUGACAACGUACGAUGAUGACGAGAAAGAUGUCUGGAGGCAAUUCAGAAGAGAGUUGAUUGGAGACGGUCUGAGAAGCUCCUUCGUUCACAGAUACAAGCCGCAGAUCCGCAGAUACCUGCGAGACCUCGCUGGUGAUGGGUUGUUGGAAGAAGCCGAGUUGACAUCGGAGGGUCAUGAGAUUCCGAGAGGCUCUCCACCUUCACACUGGACGCAACGUGAAGACAAGAGUCCCACACGGGAGAAUAUUUCGCUGCUCACACCUCGGUGUCAAACGACGUGUGAGACGGAUAGUGAGGGCGACAAGUGCGAACGAGAAGCGUGCUCGCAUGAUGUCCUCGCCAUGGAAUGCGGUAACAGCACACCAGUCAGCGAAGAGCGACCUACAAUAGCAGGCGCUACCCUUGCGAUGGACCUGACUCAUCACUACCUCCGUCUCUCACCAGAGACGCGCUUAGAGACGCAGAAGAGACAAGACUGA